ACCCUUUUUGAAACCGCUUAAGUUUCCCGCACUCUCUUACCCUCACUCAGCGCUCUCUUCAGUGCAUUGCGGUCCCGUUUCAAAAACCCUAGCGCCACAACAACGCCCAAUUCAAUUCAAUCAAUCAAUCAAUCCGAGAGAGUGAAUAUAUAUAUAGAGAGAGAUCUGCACUUCAAAGUAGUAGUAGUAGCAGCAGCAGUUCCCACAAUAAAAAAUGGAUUCGAAGGUCGACGAGGAUCACUGCAACACUGAAACCGAGGAAGGCAGCAACGCUCACCAGAAGAAGCGGUCGCGACGCGUGAGCUUCGCUGAGAUGACUUCAGUUCGCUUCUUCGACAGAGACGACGAGUUUGAUACCUCUUCGGACCCCAAACCUAACUCCGAAUCGGCACAAUCAAAUGAGGGCUUAGCCGACGGCCACAAUGAAGAAGAGGAGGAAGACGAUGACGAUGAACUCGAUGCCGCGAGGUCUUUCUUGCGACCAAUGGAGUCCCCUUCUCCUGGAAGUACAUUUGGUUCCGCCACAUCCAAUGAUGAAGACAAUUUUUUUGGCCCUGUAUCAGCUAGUUUUAUCAGACCUGGACGUUUAUCAGAUUCUGCAGCUUCAGAUGAAAACCAUGAUAUUACCAUGGAUUCAACAGCUUUCUCAAUGCAUUUUCGUAGCCUGGCAAGGUCAGACUCAGGUGGGGACUUGAAAACCCCAACAGGUGUUCAUCUUUAUUUUGAAGAGAAAACCCCAACACAGAACAUUGUCUCCACCGAUCUAGGGAGUUCCAUGGUAUUGACUGUAGCUAAGGAGCCAAUUUCCAUAUCUUCUACAUUUGUUGAUAAGUUAAGUGGUGAUAUGAGUCUUGUUGAAGAAAACCCACAUAAGUAUGACUAUGGGAGACUAUCUCCUGGAUUGGAUGCACUCUUGGCUGAAGGAAGUAAGGACUUGCAUACUGUUUCAGUCUCUGAUAAUAUCACUAUUUCCAAGUCACCAAUAAACAUGAAAAGCAGGUUGUUGCCGUCAAAGACGCAUGGUGGCCCCGUGGAACCUAUUGAUAGUAUAUAUAAAGAAAUGGACCCCAUUGAUACUCAUGAUACGCUGGCUGAAGCAGUCCCUUUUGAUGUCUCUAUUGAUAAGAAAAACUGGUCUCCUAAUGAGUUGACUAAAGGCCUGCUGUCUGGUAAGAGUAAGGAGUCAGAUGCUGUGGAAAUAAGGAGGCCCAAUUUGGAUUUUGAUGCUGUUAAUUGUGGCACCCCAUCAAAUCUAGAUAAUAGAGUUAGUCUGCUAAAUGUGAGUGCACUGCGUGAAUGUGAAUCCCCAUUGGCAGGGUCAAUGUCCUCGUUAUGUGCUAAACAAAGGCAAAUAGUUUUGGGUAGUGCUAGUCCAUCCAAAAGCCUACAGAUUACUACUCCUUCCCCAAAGCAACCAGGUUCAUUUGCAAGAGAUGAAAUAAGAAAACACGGUGAGAGUGUGUCAUCCAUUCAGAAAAGCAUGUCUAAACUCAAAAUGCUGGAGGCUUCUCCGUUUUCCUCAACUCUCAAACUUAAUAUUGAUUCAACACUCAUAUCGUCAGAGUACCUUUCUAAGACUACUAGGUACAAUACUGUACUAGAUAGAAACAUAGAAGAUGCUCAAACCAAAUGUGUGGAUGCUUCAGUUGCUUGUGAAGAUCAAUAUGAUGAUAUGCAGAAAGUGGCAGAAUUGUUUACUCAAAGUCCCUUAAGGAAAGAGAUCUCUAAUGCGACACAUAAUGACAGGUUGCAUUCAUUUGUUGUGGAAAAUGUACUUUCUGCACCGAAAAGAAAAAGGGAAGAUGUGAUACCCAGGGGCAGUGAUUUUUUGGAUGAAAUUACCAGGAACCAGAGGAGUCCAAAACUUCAUAAAAGUGAGAGUUGUGAUUCGGAAUUCUUGUCAAAUCAUCGUAACGAAUGUAACACUGAAACAUCUACUGUGGGAUGUAAGGCAAGAUUGGUGGAUUGGGCUGAUGUCUUCUCAAAUUUCAAAGCAGAUACAAAACAAUUGAUUUCUCCAUCAAUUGAUAAGCUUAAUUUAAAAGCGAUUGGUGUGCUGGAAGACGUUUUGGAGAACCUGCGGAGGUUGCAAAUGUAUGAGAUGCUUUGCACUGAAAUCCAUUCUCAGAAAUCAUUUGAGAAUCUCAGUAAUUUUAAAAACAAAAGGGUAGCGGAAAUGAGACUGUUGUUGCAUAGAUUUGUGCAUGAACAGGCAAAGUUGCAGUUUAUGUCAGUGAAGCGAGAGAGAUUAAUGAAAAAAGUACAAUUACUGAGCUCUGUAAUUCAGGAAUCUCAAAUGUUAAAGUUGAAUUCUCUGCCACGUCUAUCUGUACCAUGUGCAAAAGAUGCUCAAGUUGAUCAUAGUCAUUGCCAGUCAGUUAAUUUCGAUGGCACACAAGAGGAAGAGGUGGUUGGUGACAAAGUAACUGCGUUGAGGCUGGUAUUGGAGGCUUCCGAAAGAAAAGUUAUAAGCUUAACCAAAUCUUUUCACACUUCUUGUAAGAUGAAGGGAGAACCCAGCUGUGGUGACACAAUGUUAUUGGUUAAUGAUCAUUUGAAGAAGAAAGCUUGUUGCCGGUUUAUACGCUUGGAUUUGCAGUCGUGGGAAGUUGCUAAUCUGGAGAGUACGGGUGGUCAUCAUAAUAUUGUUCUCAACUACCUUGGCUUCAUUAUUCAGUGCUUCACAAUAAAUGUUGGUUCAGUUUCAAGCAUAGUCAUUUCAAAUAAGUUGAAUGAUGCAAACAUCUUGAAGAGUUUCCCAAAUAUGGAUGUUUGCACUGCUUUUGCAUUUGCGUUUAAUGCGAACACCACUCAGAACUAUGUUGGUUCUAGAAGUUUUACUCAAGAAACACAAAUAACUAGUUCAGUUUUAGGUAAUUUGUUGGAUGUUGUUGAGGAGGUACAGGUAGCACGUGUUGAGCUUCAAAAUCUGACCUACUCAAGUUUUCAUUCUCCAUCUGUUGAGCAGCUUGAACUACAUCUUCACUUCAUCGAUUUUAGCAGUAGUAGAAAGGUGGCAUUGAUUCUUGACAUGUCAUGUUUAAAAUGGGGUAUAUAUCCUUCAGAGAUUAUACCAUCUCAGUUGGAGAGUCCAUCCAACGUGUCACAAAAAUCACUGCCUGAACCACUCUCAGCUGAAAUUAUAGCUGCAAUUCAAAGCAUCAGAGUUGGAUAUGCGAGGAUUAUAAGUCUUUGUAGGUGUGUUUCCUUCAAACUUGGAGCGGGUAAACAGCUAUUAUAGAGAAAAAGGUGUAAUAAAUGAAACCACUAACAAUUUGAGGGUUUGCCUACAUUGCCAGUGUGGAAAUCUGUUGGUACAGUGUAAAUCAUAAAAUGCAGGUGAUCUUAUGUGCUAAUGUAAUUUUUAUCCAAAGAUAUACUACUGCCCGUGGUUUCAGACUUGUGCUUUUCACUGGAGUGUAUAGAAUCCGAAGCAGUUUGUUGCUGA